GGCUGAUGGGACUAGGAUAUUUAGUAAAGCAGGAUACAGGAGUGACAGAGUGAGUAAAGGUCUUCCACCUGAGAGCAAAGAAUGCCCAGACAUAGACACAGUCAUGGCCAGAGCUGGCGUUUCAGAAACCAGCACAUUAAAUUUUUUAGAGCCUUUAAAAGUCAUGGACAUUGAAUCAGCCACAGAGCAUCCACAAGAAACAAACGAAUAUACUGGGUUGAAAGCCCAUGCUGCCAUGCCAUUGAGAACAGGGGGUAAUAUUGUAUCUAUUUUGGAGACUAGAGAAGAACAGUUACCCAGACAAAAUCCUGUUAAUGAAUUCAGUACAUCACUUGCUAAUUGCCAGUCUUAUCAGCAGGAUGAAGAAAACAAUGCUCAUGACUUCUGUACUGGUCCUGUACCUAAACAUAACGAACCUCAUAGGUUGUCAUCAGUAGAAAGCUGUAGAAUGCUCUCCACAAAAAGUUCUGAAGUUUUAUGUUCGGUUCUGAAAAGCAUCUGUUACCUGGACUUUAGAAAUAUGCCACUAGAAAACAACAGUACUGCAGUCCAUGGAUUUCUCAAUGAAACCCCAAAAAAGUGUCUUCCCAAAAACACUGAAAGUCAGACUCACUGUGAUCAUGGAACUGGGUUUGUAGAAAAUCAAACCUCCAAAUCUGUACCAGUAGAGCAGGUCUCAGUGGUAAGGAGCAAAGAAUUAUCUAGUGCUGAAAUUGAUCAUAGGGAAGGAAGUGCUAGUAUAGGUAAAUCAUACAGCUCUGAAUUUGAAGAGGCUGCUGAAGUCCAGAGAAAAAUUGCCGUGGGAAAUAACGUUGAAGUUGGUAGCUGGCCUGAAGCUCAAGAGGGUGCUAAUUCUGAGCAUUGUCAUUCUUCAGUUUUUAGUUCUGUUGCUUCAUCUCCUGAGGAGUUCUCAAAAGAAAAAUUAAAAAUGGUCCCGUCAGAAGGUGAUAAGUUGAAAAAGGACCAGUGGCACUUCUCUGUCAGUGAUCUGUGCAAGGAUGAUAUAAAAGAAAAUAGUCUGUUGAUGGAAAUGAGCAACAGCUGUCUGGAUCUUAGUACCGAGCUAGAAAAAGAUUCACCUGAAGCACAACUGCUUGGAAAGGAAUCUGAGAGCAAUACAACAUCAGAAGAGUUGGCUGGCAGUUUAGUUGAAGCUACAGAAGCUAACAGUAAUGCUGGUUUGUCCAGUGGCAAAGAAAGUAGUUUGAUUUAUACACUAAACGUACCUCUACCUCCUGUUGCACAAAAAUCAAGAGAACCUCAUCAUAAUGAGUGUCCUUCUUGUACUGCUAAUGAAGUUUCAAGCAGGGACAAGGCUUGGGAUAAUCUAUCUGGAAAAGAAUCAAUUGGUGCUUCUGGAACAACAGAGGAACAAGUCACUGAAAUCGUGCUUCAUAAAGACAAAUUCAAGUCUUCAAUAAGUUCCAGGACUUUUGAUAACCCUAAUAUGACAAGCAAAAUUUCCCAAAAGAAUAUGAAGUCUUCAGCAGGAAAUACAGAGAGUGUGGUCACUGGUUUAGAGAAUGAACAUAGUGACACAUGGAAUUGUAAUAAUCAGACUACAAAAGACGAGUGUACAGCUGCCAGUGCUUCCUGUAUUUUAUCAGAGAGUCCACGUGUAGAUGAUGUUCUCCCAAACAGUCAUUCUUUUAAUGUUGAGGUUGAGAAGAAGAUUGAAGAAAACGAUAAUUUAGAAGGAGAAGCUUCAGCUGGAGAUAAUAGUAAAAAGGCAAACAUCUUUCCAGAAGCACACUUCCCUUUGGCAUGUGGAUAUCUUCCUUCUGCAGGUGCCUGGGGCAAUAGAGGUGUGAAUCUGCAUGGGAUAAGUGACAUUUCCGCAGCAAAAAACAUGUUUUGCUCAGUUUAUACUGCAGAGAAGUCUACUGCUACCUUGGUAAGAGAGGAGAUUUCAAAUAAGAAUAUGGAGAUUGUGAAACAAUUUGAUCUUUGUAAAGUAACAGAUGGCAGUGAAAUUGUUUGUGACAGUGAUGAGGCAAAAGAACAAAAGGGCAUGUGUGCUCUCCAGGCAGAUGAAUUUGAUAAAAUGAGAACUGUGGAUUCUCCAAAGGCUCCUGAAGGCAAUUGGAGAAAUAAGAGUAGUGAACAGCUAUUAAUGAAGAAAGAAACCUGCGUUCGUAACUUUGGAUUUUGCAACUCUCCAUUAGGUCCAAACAAGAGAGAACUAGGCACAUAUGAGAAGGAAGAAGUGCCAUCACUCCCAGCUAAUCCCUCUGAGUAUAGUGCUUCAGGCUGCAAUACAUGUCCGUUACUCAACAACAUGAAUAUUCAAACACGACAUGCUAGCCAAAGAGAAAAGACCCUUCGUUCAAUGGAAAAUCAGUGUCUUGCAUGUCAGAGUGAGUUUGAUGGCCCAGUUACAGGCAGCAAGCAACAUUUAGAAAAUGUAAACAAGCAACCAAACACUGGCUUACAAAGUGUGGCUACUUCUGUGGAGGAAACCAAAAUAUCGAUUAGCUCUAGUCAAAGUGAGGAGGUACUGAUAAAAACAGAUGAUGACCUGCCUCUGUUAGUUCAUAAAUAUGCAAGAGAUGACCAUUUUCAAGGAGCUCUAAAAGAGAAUGUAGUGGACUUGGACUUUUUAAAUGGUGAAAGAAAUGAAGACUGUUCGGGAUACUUGAGCUUCAUCAGUGAUCUAAUAGAGGAGAAAACAAUCAAACAAUUGAAACACAGGAACAGAUGUGAAAGAGAAGAUAAAGGAACUCUUCAAGAAAGCUUUUCUGAUAGCAAAUCACAUUGCUCACAGCAUGCUUGCUUUAUCAAAUGUGCAAAAGAGAAAGCAGAGCUAUUAUUUGCAGGGAACAGAAUGCAGCAAUCUUUGCCAAAGAUGAAGUUGUUGGAGGAGGACCAGGAAAAUACAGUUAGUACCCGAUUUUUGCCCUUCUCAUCAGUCCAUGGGAGUCUGUCAUACAAGCCAGAAAAUAUGAGUGUGCUUUCAGAGACAGAAACCAAAAAAAGUCUGAGAGUAAAAUCUAUCUUAAAUAACUCUUGCCCACAGUUAACAUUUGGUAACAUUUCUGGUAAAGAAACUGAUGCUCAAAAGUGUAUAGGUACAUCCUGUUUUGGAAAGUUUGACAUCCAAGAAUCUUUUAGUGAGACUCAGGCAGAUUCAGAAAGACCAUCAGCUCUGGAGUUGGGAAUCUCUCUGCCUGAGAAGGAAGAGAUGCGUAUGUCAUCUGAGAAUACACAGAUAGAUAAUUGUGAUUCGUUUUCAGCCAAAGUUUUUAGCAAAGAUUCUUCAGUGACAAAACUUCCGUUAACAAUGUCUGAUAGAAGAAAAGGCAGCAAUAUUGAGGUUCCGUCUUCAGAGAAUGAAACAAAAACUAGCUUUCUGAAAGGUGCAAAAAGCUCAAGAGUUUGUGCACGCAGCAAAGGAAGUCUGAGAGAGGAGGGGGAUAGUAUGCUAACUGUAAAAGACAUGGUUGUGACCUCACCAAAAAGUGCUCACUGUGGAGAGAAGUGUAAGAAUACAUCUAUAGAAGAGAAGAUGGGAACAGGAGUAGCCCCUAGAAAAAAGUUGCCCAUAAAUUCUUUUCUUCCUGGAGAAGAUUGUCUAUGGGCCUUGUUAGAAGACUCAAAAGAGUCUGGUAGCAAAAUAGCUCCUCUCAGCACUGAGAAUUUUGAAAAGGUUUUGGAAGAAAUCCCAAGAUCUAACCUAAAUAAUCUUUCAAAAGAAAGGAAAAACGCUACAGAACUCCCAAACUCAGCAAGUACCAUUCUACUUUCAGAAGCUGUGCGUGAUUGUCAAACUGAAGAUGCGUCUGAUGCAGAAACUUCACCAAAAUUGCAGUAUAAUACAACACCCGCAUUUUAUCCAUGUAUGAGUAUACUAUCAAACAGUUGCAAAGAAUCUUCCCCAAACUGUGUGGUUUGCAGUGGAGUAUGUGUGCCUUACAAAUUAAAUGCACAAAGCAAAGAUAACGUAAAGGAGGUUACAGAAGGCCAGGACACUAUACCAACUCAUUCAGUUUGCAAGGAAAAGGAGGCUUUAAGUUCAGAGAGACUUGAUCCAAUAGAGAAAUGUCAGGUAAUUAAACGAAAGAAGUGUGAGAAGAUGGAAGUACAUCUGUCGGACAAGGCACACGAAGAACAGAAGUCAGAAUAUCAAGAGAAAGUAAAAAUCACACUGCAACCGAGUAUGUCGCACAGUUCUGAACUCUUACGCAGCUCUUCAAAUGAGUUGGUGACAUCAAGAAAUAUGAAGUUUGAUGGUCCUUCAGAGGAGAUUUUUGCUGUCAGAAGCAGUGAAAAUAAACUAUGUAGCACUUUAGAAGAAGUCAAAAGGCCAAAGAUUACCACAGAUAUUAUUAGUUUGCAGUUUUUAAAGACUCAGGAUUCAGAAAUGAAAAACCUGAACCUUAAUUUAGGGAAUGAUGGAAUCCCCGGUGCCUUUGGAACUACAAAUAAACUAAGAGGACCUCUUCCAUUAAAAAGACAGCCUGGAAGGACGUGCAAAAAAGUUCCCACAUCGUAUCAGCUAAAAACCAUAAGAAAAAGCAAGAAAAUUAAAAGUUCACCUUUUUCUGAGAUUCCCCCAGAAAUCUUCCCUAAGCAGGAAAACACACUUCUCAAAUCUUUGUACUUUCCAUGUAAACCACCGACAAUGGAAACAGAAACAGCAGUGCGAUUUGUGCGCAUGCCAAGGCAGAGGGCCAAGAGGUGCAGUUUGUUGAACAGCUUGAAAUUUAGAAAAUGUACCAAAGAACCAGCAUUGUUGAACAAGCUGUCUGCAAUGGCCAGCAAACUCCUGGUGCCUGCCAAAAGCAUCCAUAACUUAGAACCUCGGCCAUAUUCUUCUGAAAUUCUUCCGGUGGCCGAGAGGUACAGCCAACGUAGAUCUAAAAAUCUAUUGGAAGCCUUUUCUUGCAUUAACAGGAACUUACACUCACGCUGGGCUGACAGUUGGUGCACCAAGAUGUUCAGCUUUCAGCCUUUGGCACUUUAUCCUGUAGAAUCUACCAAAAUACUUUUUUCAGACUUGAGCCACAAGCCUCCAACCUCUUUCUUGGAUACCCCGGUUUUCCCAAUUUCUUUUCACAUAAAAUUGGACUCCAGUCCUGUGACAGACCUCACAGAGUUUACGUCCCAGCACUCUGUACAUCACGGACCAGUUUUGGGAGAAAUGCCAGCACCUCCUUCAGAGUGGACUUUCUCUUUUCUCCUGUCGCAGAGCCGUUUAGAUACAACAGUUUUCAAGGAAGAUUCCAGUCUAGAUAACGAGCUGCGUUCAUCUCUGUCUGUAAGAACCCCAAGGUCUGUUGCCCUUCAUCCUGACCGUGGAAGAAAUGCCGUACCUGAAGGAAGAGGACGUUGCUCCAUGCUUGGCCUUCACACAGUGUUAGCACUUUCCUCCCCUGGAUGUUACAGGAUUUGGACAAGAAGAAGAAACUUAACCAGUCAUAUUCCUACCAUCCAGAGACUAUUUAUAUCACAAUUCGCACAGGGUUUGAAAGGGGCAAGGUGCCCAACUUCUAUAUCAGAUGACCUCGUCUCUUCGUUGCCAUACUCAUUGGGCAGGGUACUAUCCAUAUGGAGUCAGCAUGGUCCUUCUGCCCGUCCCUCCGAAAUCACUCCUCUCCAUUCCAGUCACUGCAAGUGGCAGCCAAGUGUGGGCAUCGAGAACAGCUAUGCCGUGUUACCGCACUUACCUGUACAGAGCAUGGAAGCGCUGCAGACUGCAGGUCAUGAGAUAUGCCUGGAAACGUCAUUUCCUCUUCCGUUACCAAAGUCUUGUGCACUUCCAGAAUCAUUCCUAUCUCCUCCCAGGCUUUCAGCAUCGGAGCUCCAUGUCCAUGCUCUUGAUGAAGCUGAUGCUUCCGUUCCAGCCUGUCUUAGAUCCCAAGAUGACACAGAACUGAAAAAAAUUGAGCCAGAAAAGAGGCCAAAGAAAGUCUCACAGAUCCGAAUCAGGAAAACCGUUCCUAGGCCGGACCCUAACCUUACUCCAAUGGGGCUUCCCAAACCAAAAAGACUUAAGAAGAAAGAAUUUAGUUUAGAAGAAAUUUACACAAACAAGAACUAUAAGUCUCCUCCUCCAGCCAGGAGCUUGGAAACAAUCUUUGAAGAACCUAAGGAGAAAAAUGGACGCUUGAUCUCCGUCAGCCAGCAGAAGAGAAAGCGGAUUCUGGAGUUUCAGGACUUUACUCUUCCCCGGAAAAGGAAGACACGAGGCAAAAUCAAAGCAGUGGGUAGUUUCACCCGAGCAAAAAAAGCUGCAUUGCAGAGCGCAGAGUUAGAUGCUCUUCUGAUUCAGAAGCUAAUGGACCUUGAAGCUUUUUUUGCAACAGAGGCUGAGCAGGAGCAGGCCUCUAGCAUCUGAGGGAGCCAUUCAGCUGAAGAUGGUCCAAUCAGCUCCUUUAGUAUUUUAGUCCCGUUGGGAGAAAUCUACUGACUUCUUCUUACAUUACUCUACCACUCUCUUUUAAUAUCCGAUGAUCGGUUUUUGGCUGUGGCCCUCUUUAAGGUGCUAUUUUAUUUUAUUUUAAAAUGCUAUUGGAGGGAUUCUUUUAGGUCCCUGUUUGAGUGUAACAUAGCCACGUACAAUUUACCAUUCCUUCCCCAACAUCUGGCAAUUACUGAUAAUGUUUAAUUAUGUUUAAACACCUUUUGGAGGUAGAGUAGGAGUAUAAAGGAGGAAGUAGUGCACCUUCAGUGAUGGUAGAACUCUGUACUCCAGAUCAUUUGCACAUUUGAGUCUGCUGCUGUUACUGUAAUGGCUAUUUUGAACAACCGGACAGAAGAGAUAUGGUCUUUGAUAAAGGUGAAUUCUAGCAAACACAUUUGUGAUAUACCACUAACUUUUUAAUAAUUAAAAGUAGCUGUCUGGGUUUGCUUUCAAUUGUUUCUUUCUUCUGUUUACUUAGAAGGUUCCUUCUGAGUUUCUGUGCCCUCCCUGGCUUUAGGCACCAGAAGUCCCACAUAACUAGACUUUAAAUAACUUGCACUUUGUAUAUGUUUCUUUAUUUGCUGCAGGAGGACACAUUUUAACAUGACUGAGCUCAAAAAAGGUAAUAUUUUAAGAAAAAAAAUGUGCCCAGUACUAAUUUUCCCAAAUAGUAGAGGUUUUACCUACUUGGCUGAUGUCAGCCUCUUCUCCAGAGGAAAAGGUGAUUAGCCCAUGAGGAUGUUAAGCUGCAGGAUACAUAAGUAGAGGUUUUUAGUUAACUGAGCUGAGCUGCUGUAUGCAGCAAAAAUCACACUAGCAAAAAACACUAGCAAAAUCUUUGAGACUCAUUUUUAAGUUAUUUUAAUUCUAGUACAAAUAUCAACUUGAUUUUAACUUUCCAUCUGGAGGGUUUUUUUACCAUUUUAGAUUUACAAUUCAUGUAGCUCAUAAUUAGAUAUUCUCUGUACAGCACUGUUGUUCAUAAUAGCCAGUGUUGUACAAAGAGCUUCCUAGCAUGUGGAAAUCCUUUUUUUUCUUUUCAUUUUGUAAGGUUAUUUGUAAUUAUCUGAUGCAGCACUGGGCAAUUUCUCAGCUGUACCUUUUGUGGGAAGAGACCUCCCUUCCGGGAUAACUUUGUUAAACUUACUUGAAGCAUAAUUCAAAAUGAAUUCUAGCUGCUGUUCAGGUAAUUUCUGUCCUUUAGUGCCUAUAGAAAUUAUUCAGGCAAAGCUGUCAUUGCUGGGAUGCUCAAAGUUGAUUAGUCUGUUCUUUAUUUCACUUGUCACUUGAAACUUGCACUUUCUUAUUUACCUACCCAAAUAAGAGUUUCUAAAUGAGCAAAUAUCUACUGGGACUUUAUUAAAGUCCCAAUAAAUGCGGGACUCAAAAUACCACCAUUAUCUUCUCUUGCUCUGCCAUUUCUGUUAUGGACUGAACAGAAAACUGAAAAUUAACAAGCAAUCUCUUGAAUUCCAGAGCUUUGAAAAUAGAGAAAUGGAAGAGGAUUAUUACACUGUGUGUGUUUGAGUCUUGAAAGAAAUGUAAUCUGGGCUUGUUCUGCUCCCAGUUUACAUGCCAGGAUUCCUAGUAGUUUAUAUUCUUGUUUUGGAGUCUAAUUAUCUUUAAUCAGGAAGACUGAAGAGAGGAGUAGUGGUGUUUGGGUUUUGAGGGUAAAAUAACAAGGCAGGCAAACUUUGAACAUAUUGACACACUAUUUCGGCAGCAAGGUCUGGUUAACCUGUUUGGGCUGCUAGAGAACAUUUUAAUUUAUCCUCUUUAUUUUUAUAAAAAGAAAUCCCUAAAAAAUAAAGGUCGACUGCCAUUUUAAAAUGUUUGAAAGUUUAUAGUGGUUUAACAGCCCAAUUAUUGACUGGUUGGAAGCUGUAGCAAGAGUGAGAGAUAUAUUUUUAUGGGUUUAUGCUAUAGAAUGGGAUUGUAUCACAGCAUUCAUUUACCUUCUAUUAAUACAGGAGGCUUCCAGUGCUGUGACAGAAUUCCUGGGGCUUUUAAGGAAACAAGGAUGGGAGGUGAGAAGGGGGUGAGGAAACUUGGGUCCAGGCAAAGUUCAGACCUCUAAUGUGCUUCAAAAUGUGGAAUGUGUUGUGGUUUUCCUUUGAGUUGUGGGGGUUUUUUGGUUCAGGGGAUUUUUUUUUGUUUGCUUCCCUGCUCUGUCUUGUUUCUGAUUGCUUCGAAAUGACAUUUCUUAGCUUUCCUUUUAACAGCUACAGAAGAGAUAGCAGAGCAAAGAAAACACUCCAUUCUCUUUUGUUUACAAUAAUUGGAAGAGUUACAACAUGAUGAUGCAGUUACCUAGCUUGUCCCAGACCUUAGUUUGUGGAAACCCAAAUAUACAGCGUUAUUCUGUUUUGGUUUAGUAUUUCUAUGACAGAGAUGUAGGUUAAUUGAGAUAAAGCAUCUCUUCCCCCUCCUCCAGCAUACAGGUGUCGGUCAUGCUUGUGCACUUUCUCAUUUUUCCUUUCCCACCUCUGUUCCUGUUUAGCACACGCAUGGAACAGCCUUGUUCCUUGUGGCUGCUGCUUGUACACUAGGAGCGGUGACUGUGCAAAAGCUAAUUUGCCACUCUGAGCUGCUUCUGUCCCAGAUAACUGAAAGAAAAAAGUAUAGAGGAUGCAUCUUUUGGGGUCCUACACUACAUACUUCCCUAGUGGAAGGGUAUGUACACUUGCCCUUUCGUAAAGUGAAACCCCCUCCAGUGAGGAUAUUUUUGUAUCAUCACAGAAAGACAUUGUACCUAUCGCUCACAGAAUGAUGACUAGAGCAGCUUGAGAAGAAUUGCAAAGCUUUUGCCAUGUACCAUGUCUUAGUAGUAAGUCUUGGAGAGCCAGGCAGCUCUUUGCUAAAUUUGCUAGUUAUGGCAGGUAGAAAGAUCCCUUUAAAUAAAUAAAUAAAUAAAUCAUUUUCAUCAUGCUAUGACUGGAGCAGCUAAGGCUAACUUAAUGUAUGUUACAGCAUUUGCCUGGCCGGCCUUGUGGCUGCAUACAUUUGAGUUCUUAUGCUUGCUGGAUAUGAUUUUCUGCAAGCAGUUCUCAUUUCUUAUAUUUGAUUUGAGGUGGGCCUUUGGUAUACUAUGUUCCAGGUGCUCUUCUAGAAUAUGGAUGGUAACUGUGGAUUAAAGGUCUAUAUGAUGCUAUCAAGUUAACAAAAAGCUCAAUGAGAAUUUGUACACUUGUGCCAUUAGCCUUCAUCAUGCUCUUGGCAUUUUGUUUCUGUUUAAUAUUGUGUGAAUCUAAAAUUUUACCGUUUCUUUUGUGUGUGUUUUUAAUUUAUGGAAAUAAAUUUUUCUGAGACCCUUUCA